AUGAACAGCGGCGGCGGUGGCGGGCUGCAAGGCGUGAGCUGCAAGGCGAAGUAUUGCCGUUACUACGCCAAGGACAAGACCUGUUUCUACGGCGACGAGUGUCAGUUCCUACACGAGGAUCCCAGUAAUGGCGCCGCUUCCGCGAGCCUCGGUCUUGUCGUCAAUAACAACCACCCAGGACUGGGAGUCGGGGCGGCCGCGCCGGGGGUCGGCGGCGGAGGAGGAGGAGCAGCAGCAGCGGCUGCUGGAGGUGUCGCCUCCGUUAGCGGUUGUGGAGGGGGUGUAAGCGGUGGCGGGAUAUCAUCAUCAUCAUCAUCAGCAACAGCAGGAGGAGGAGUAGGAUUCCCGCACGGAGGGCCCAAGAAAAACGAGCUCAGCAGCUUGGUAGAGCCUGGGCAGCUUCUCACCAUUCCAGGAAUGGAUACAACAAUACCAGAUAACCUCACCAACUCAUACUUCAGCAGCAGCUUUAUUGGGGUCAAUGGCUUUGGAGGAGGGCCACCUGAGCCAAAGUACCCUUUGAUUCAGAGGCAAGCUAACAGCAGCAGUUCACCCAGCCUGUUGAGUGAUUGUGCCAAAGCCUAUGCCUGUGCAGGACAUGAUCAACUAAAUUUACCUGCCUCAUUGUUCAGUGAUUUCUCUAGCCUCAACAUCUCCCAAAGGAGAAAGACACCAAAUCCAGCUGCAAGUGAAUUCAUCCCAAAAGGAGGAUCAACCCCAAGGCUAAAUUCUGUGUCCCAAUCCAACAUGUCUGCCUUUUCACCAGCCUUAUUUUCUCAUCCAUCCUUGGGCAGUCCAUCAGCAGCUGGCUUAGCCCCAGGAAUGUCCUUGUCAGCUGGAUCAUCCCCUCUGCACUCUCCAAAAAUAACUCCUCACACAUCGCCUGCCCCUCGAAGAAGGAGCCAUACUCCAAAUCCAGCAAAUUUCAUGGUAGCUACUAGUGCCUCUACACCAGUGUCUGAUGCAGUCUCUCAGUCUUCAUCUUCUGGUCAGGUGAUACAAAAAGAAACUGUGGGAGGGACAACUUACUUCUAUACUGACACAACUCCAGGACCUCUUCCAGGAAUGGUAUUUCCAACAUAUAUUUAUCCUUCAUCUGCACCCCAUGUUGCUUAUAUGCAGCCCAAAGCAAAUGCACCUUCUUUUUUUCUGUCCGAUGAACUCAGACAGGAGUUGAUCCACAAGCAUUUAAUAACUAUGGCACAGAUUGACCAAACUGAAAAUCCAGGGUUUCCAACUGAAGUGGACAGCUACCACAGUCUUUUUCCUUUGGAACCCCCACCAGCCAACCGGCUACAAAAAACGAGUAAUUUUGGUUUCAUUACAUCAUGUUACAAAGCUAUAAAUAGCAAAGACGAUCUGCCAUAUUGCCUUCGCAGGAUACAUGGCUUUCGACUUAUUAACACGAAAUGCAUGGUCUUAGUAGACAUGUGGAAGAAGAUACAACAUUCAAACACAGUAACACUUAGAGAGGUAUUCACUACCAAAGCAUUUGGAGAACACUCACUUGUAUUUGCUUAUGACUUUCAUGCUGGAGCAGAGACGAUGAUGAACAGGCACUUCAAUGACCCCAGUGCUGAUGCCUAUUUCACGAAAAGGAAAUGGGGGCAGCAUGAUGGACCUCUCCCUCGCCAACAUGCAGGUUUACUGCCAGAGUCACUGAUCUGGGCCUACAUUGUCCAGUUGAGCUCAGCACUGCGGACCAUUCAUACGGCAGGACUUGCCUGUCGUGUGAUGGAUCCAACCAAGAUUCUUAUAACUGGUAAAACCAGGUUACGUGUGAAUUGUGUUGGGAUUUCUGAUGUCUUAACUUUUGAUAGUAGUCAAAAUAAUCCACUGGGAAUGAUGCCUCAGUAUCAGCAAGCCGAUCUAAUAUCUCUUGGAAAAGUGGUUUUGGCCUUAGCAUGCAACUCUGUGGCAGGAAUCCAGCGAGAGAAUAUACAAAAGGCUAUGGAUUUGGUGUCGCUUAAUUAUUCUUCAGACCUGAAAAACCUGAUUUUGUAUUUGUUGACUGAUCAAAAUCGGCUACGCAGUGUAAAUGAUAUUAUGCCAAUGAUAGGUGCACGAUUUUACACACAAUUGGAUGCUGCACAGAUGAGAAAUGAUGUUAUAGAAAAUGAUUUGAUGAAGGAGGUACAAAAUGGAAGGCUGUUUAGGCUGCUAGCAAAACUGGGAACAAUCAAUGAAAGGCCAGAAUUCCAAAAAGAUCCUACCUGGUCAGAAACAGGUGACCGAUAUCUUCUAAAGCUGUUUAGAGAUCAUCUUUUCCAUCAAUUGACUGAAGCAGGUACUCCGUGGAUUGAUCUCAGUCACAUGGUCUCCUGUUUGAACAAGUUGGACGCUGGUGUACCAGAAAAAAUAAGUCUUGUUUCCAGAGAUGAAAAGAGUGUUCUUGUGGUGACAUAUGCUGAUCUGAAGCGCUGCUUUGAAAGUGCUUUUUCAGAACUCCUUGCGGCUUCUAAUGGGCAAUUGUAGUAUUUGCUGUGGUCAGGCAAAAUAUUUCCGAAGAACAAUUUAAAGAGCUAAUUGCACUACAGCUGUACUAAUGCCAUCUCAUUUCACAUUUAAAAAGACAAAUGUAAAUGAGCAGCGUUGCUUGCACGUUGGUCAGGUACACUGUUACUUGAAGGAGGAACGUCCAUAUUACAGGAGUUGGAACUGCCAUCUGUGUUUGUCAAGAUUAUUUUAAAUUGGGAAACAGCAUCAGAUGCAUGAUGAUUCCAGUUUUAUUUUUUCACGUGUUUAUGCACUAAUUUUAAGUUCAGGACUUGUGAUCUUUAAGGAUUUACCACAUGUAAUUUUGAUAAGGGAAAUUUGUUACCUUUGGACUUGCUUCCUGGGUAACUGUGUAUACCUCUAAGGAAGACAUUGAGGAGGUGUUGCUGCACACAAACCUAUGGCAAGGACUAGAUGAAAAUGCCAUUGGAAAUGAUAUUUGAAACUGCAUUCCGAUGGGUUAUGUUUCUGGCAAAAGGUGUGCUGGACCUUCAGACUCACUGCCAAGUUCUAUCACUCAGAAAACCAAACAACAAGAAGCAUAUUUUUAUGGAAAUCAGGUGGAAUAUAUGGACGCUAUACUUGUAGGAACGAAACAACUCCUGUAUGUCGGUGUUGAUGGCAUCUCCGAACUAUCACGGCUACACAUCUUUCAUAACAAAAUUUAAAAGUAGCUUUUUUUGCUUCAUACAGCUACCAGCGCCUUUUUUUAAAAACAAAUUCAGUGUAAGUAAUAAACAGGUAAAAUGGCUCUACAUUUAUGCAAGCUUUUUUUUAUAGGAGACUAAUUUUUAAAUUGAGUUCAAUGCCUGAAAUCUCAGGAGUGGAUUAAAUUUUGUUAUGUACCAUUUAAUUUUGUAUAAAGUUCUAUUAUUUGAACAGCAGCUUUAUUAGGGUACUUUACACUGGAUAUGAAAACGAAAAGGAACUUUAAGUACAUUAACAUAAAAGCAGCAGUUAUUUGACAAUAGUAACCUGUGCAAUUGAACUACUUCAUUUUGGAAGGAUUGUGCACUGCUGUGCCUUUUACAAUACUGUUUGCCCCAAAAUUGGCUUUGCAAUUAGUCAUACUAAUUAUGGAUAUCUGGAACUACCUGAAGUAUGACGAUUCGGUUUUGUAGGAUUAUAAACUGUAUCACUUUUUGGAGAAAUUAUUUCAUUUGCAGAAUCAAAUUCUAAAUGUAUUGUCAUUUAUUGAAAUAUAUCCAUUUGGUGAAAUAAGCGGAACAUAUCAAAACAUGAUGCAGAUUUGUUUAAACUAGAAGUCAUUAUAUGACUGUCAAAUUGUUGGGACAAUCUGGAGAUGUGGAUAUAAAGAAAAUAAAUUCAAUGUAAUGACUGUGAAGUACAUCUUUUCUUCCCAGUAUUAAAUAUUCUAUAGCACUGGUUGCUUUAUAUAUAAUGCAAACGAUUGCUUAAACGGAGUAUGGAGCAAUGCAGUCUUUGCAGUUGAACAUUCUUUCUUGUUAGUCCAAUGUUAACAGCAUAAAGUUCUGCAUAUUGGCAAAAAUAUUCAUGCUUAUUUGAACCUACGUUUAUUUGAUGACUGGGUAGCAGCAUUUAUUAAAAUUAACAGGAAAGGUCUAUGUAUAUCUGUGAUUUUGACACACGUAUGCCUCCUGUGCAAAUUGGCCUAUAAGCUAGCAGUACAAGCAAUCACAAUGUUUCCCCAUUUUAGUUUUAAAUGAAUUGAGGACACUUUAUGUUCUUUCAAGGAUAACGUCCUAAGUAAAGUCAUGUCAAGAGCUCAUCUGUUUGACAGAAGCAGCUGUUUUUUGUAUGUUUUGGGAAAAAUGCAUUCUUUUAUAUAAAACCAUUUAAAAAAAAAUUAAAUGGUAUUCUGACAUAAUGAGAAGAAAUACUGUAUUUAUAUCAUUCUGUGCAUUUCAAAAGUUUCUUGUUUCCAUAUUUGUGAAUGAUUGCUCAAAGGGGAUCAUCUGACUGUUAAGUGUGCGCUUGGCUUUCUCACAUUCGUAGUACGGACCAAUUUUGUGGUAAUAGGCAGAAGUACGAGGGGCUUCAGUUUUGUCGUAAACUCAACCAGCACAUUGCCUCUGGAUUAUCAAAAGCAAAAAAAAAUCAUCUCUGCAUUAGAAAAAAAAUGAUAAUUGUGUCUUCUUGCUUCUAACAUAAUUUCAGUGAGUAGCUAAAUGCCCACAAUAUUCAUUCAACUACUUUCACGAUCUAAUCCAAGUUAGCACUUGUAUGCAAGGACAGACACUUUUUUAUUCCAUGUUGUUAUAUUUACUAUCUCUAGUCAUCAUGAGGUUUUAGGUAUACACCUGUAAAAUUAAUCCAUAGGUGUAGAUUUCGAGAGUUCCAAAUGGUCUAAACAGUUCCUGCAGUUAAGAAUAUUUACAAAUUGGGCUUUUAAGUUGGUAUUGAUUUCUUAAGAUGAAAUCUUGGGCAUCUGCCCAUUUAAUUAGUGAUCAGCUAUUUCAAGAAAUGUUAUAAAGGCUUAAAGUGCAUCAUGGAAAACAUGCUACCUUUUGAUGAUCCAGUGUCAGCCCCUGAAAUCACAUGGUGACUUCAACUUUUGAAAUCAUGUAUUUUUUGAAAAUCUUUUCAAUUAUAGACAGGGUUUUCAGUUGGCUAACACAGUUUAAAACAACCUGCAUAUGUAUUACUAUAAUUUUUUUAUAUAUUCUAUAGGUGAGUUUUUUUUGUAAGAAAACCUUGUAAACAUACCCCGUGUGUUCAACUUUGGCCUUAUUUUGUUUAUUUUUGUAAAGAAGAAAUUCCUUAAACCAGCUACCACAAAUUAAUCAGUUUUGUCUGUUAUGUCCCCUCCUCUGUGCUAAAUGUUUCCACCUGAUUUAAACUUUUGUAUGUACAGCAGUAUUUUAAUAAAGAAUACCAGAAUUCAAGUC